UCGGAUCAAAUAUGGCAUCAAUUAUUGCUGACAAUGCCGAUAAUAAUGGCAACUCUAAAGAUUCUGUUCAAUAUUUGCGAAAAGUGCUCACUUCCGAGUCAUCCCCACUAGCACAACGCUUCCGCGCCCUAUUUUCACUGAAACAUCUCGCUUCAUCGAAACCUCCCACUGAGGAGACUCUUCCAGCUAUCGAAGCAAUCGCUGCUGCGUUUUCCUCGCCAUCGGCGUUGCUCAAGCAUGAGCUUGCAUACUGCCUUGGACAAACUAGAAACCUGGACACCGUCCCACAUCUCCGCAAGGUACUAGAGGAUACACAGGAAGAUGCAAUGUGCCGGCAUGAAGCAGCAGAAGCUCUGGGCGCGCUAGGGGAUGCUGGGAGUUUGGAUAUUCUCCAGCGCCUCAGAGAUGAUGAAUCGGAGGAGGAAGUAGUCCGAGAAACGUGUGAUAUCGCAGUCGAUAGAAUACUAUGGGAAACGUCCAAAGACAGUAAAUCCGAAAAAUUAAAGCAAAGUGAUUUUACAUCCAUCGACCCUGCACCUCCUCUUCCACUUUCCUCUGCCGAACAAUCCAUUCCCGAACUUAAACAGAUUCUCCUCGACGCAAGUGUCCCACUUUUUAAAAGAUAUCGGGCUAUGUUUGCCUUGCGGGACAUGUGCUCCCCCCCCGAUCUGCCCACAGCAGUUCCGGCGAUCGAAGCACUGGCCGAAGGUUUCAAGGAUCGUUCCGCGCUCUUCAGACACGAAAUCGCGUUUGUGUUCGGCCAACUUUCUCACCCCGCCAGUAUCCCCAGUCUUGUCGCUACGUUGAGCGAUAAGAAUGAAGUCGGCAUGGUCCGCCAUGAGGCUGCUGAGGCGCUUGGGAGUCUGGGUGCUGAGGAUGGAGUGGAAGAAACGUUAAAGCGCUUCGUCAAUGAUCCGGAGACAGUGGUGAGGGACAGUAUUAUUGUUGCGCUCGAUAUGGCGGAAUAUGAGAAAAGUGGAGAGCAAGAGUACAUCUUGGAGCAACCGGUUGCGGCAUAGAUCAGUCAAAGUUUGCACUGCUAGGCUGUCGUUCCAAUCCUAUUACCUAGUAUCGCCUGACAUUGGAUAUAUAGAGCUGGGAUUUCAAUUGUUUGUACUGAAUCUGU